AUGAAAAGUUCAACGUCAUCCUCCAACAAUUCGAGCUCGAAUGGAGCGUCUCAACUUGUGAAUUCGUCCAUCACGGAAAGGCACACCAAGGGAACUUCCUUCAACUUGAGUGAUCUCAACCUGACUGUUGCUGAUCAAAGUAAAUUCGACUCAAAUGGAACAACGAAUCGAGCUUCCGAGGGUAUUGUGAUGCUUUUAGGCCAUUUGGGGAAUGAGAAGUAUAAGCAAGCAAAGUAUGAGGAGGCGUUGGCAUUAUAUGACCAAGCAAUCGCUAUUGAUCCGAGCAAGGCUUGCUAUUAUAGCAACAAAAGUGCAGCCUUGAUGGGUUUAGGCCGCCUCAUAGAGACAGUUUUUGAAUGUAAAGAGGCUAUCCAGAUAGAUCCUCUGUACUUUAAUGCUCACUUUCGUCUAGCAAAAUUGUAUUUAAGAUUGGGAGAACCCGAGAAAGCAUUGGGUCACUACAAAUGCUCGGGGCGCAAGGCUGGUAAUGAAGAUAUCAUUCAAGCUCAAGCUCUUAAGACAUGCCUUGACAGGUGUACUGAAGCUCGGAAUCUAGGAGAUUGGAAAAAAUUGCUGAACGAGUCUCAGAUUGCACUAUCCUCAGGAGCAGAUUCGGCUCUAAUGAUCUAUGCAAUGAAAGUUGAGGCACUGAUGAAACUUCAUAGGUACCAAGAGGCAUAUAAGGCUAUCAAGACUAGCCCGAAUUUUAGCAUUCCACUCUGGACUCAGUUUUUCGGCUCCUUAGGCACUACUGCACUAUUAAUUAUUCGAUCCCUGGUUUACCUGUCCAUCUGCAGGUCAGUUGAAAUUUUCGUCAAAUGUUGUUCACGUACAAUUUCCUCUAGAGUUGAAUCUGAAAUUGAGGAUGCGCGGCUAAUUUUAAAUGUUGACAGGUUUGAGGAUGCUGUGGCUGCUGCUCAGAAUGCUGUAGGACUUGAUGCAAGACAUGAAUCAAGUUUGAUAGCAAAAAGGGUUAAAUUUGUGGCAUUGGCUCGAUCAAAUGGUAACCAGCAUUUUAAAGAAUCCAGGUUUUUGGAGGCUUUUACUGCAUAUACAGAAGGAUUAGAACAUGAUCCUUAUAACUCGAUUCUGCUCUGCAAUCGAGCUGCUUAUCGAUUCAAAUUAGGCCAGUAUGAGAAAGCAGUAGAAGAUUGCACAGCAGCUCUUAAUGUGCAUCCCUCGUACAGCAAGGCCAGAUUGCGCAGGGCAAAUUGCAACUCUAAGUUGGAAAGAUGGGAUACUGCAAUUCAAGAUGACGAGGUGUUGAUGCAAGAAAUUCCUGGAGAUGAGGAAGUAACCAAAUCACUGUUGGAGGCAAAGAUGCAACUCAAGAAGCAGCAUUUUGGUGAUCACAAGGAAAGAAGACUAAAAUCGAACACGCAUGGCCAAAUUGUGGAGACACUGGAGAGCCAAGGGAAAGAAGGCUAAAAACAAGCAAAAAUGACUUCAAAUUUAUGAUUGGGAUUCUACUGAAGUUGUGAGAUUAGACUUGUUUAGACUAUGAACUGGUUUGACAAAGAAAUUUGAGGGAUUUUCUGUAAUUUUUGUUUUAGUCAGGGAAUCCU